UUCUUCCUCCUCUUCUUCCACUUCUCCAAAUCUCCGACCCCAACGCAAUUCCUCCUCCUCGUCGCAUCCUCCCCUGCGAUCCGCGGAGCUCCGUCUCCCCCUCGCCGCUCCACUCUCCCCUUUCGCCGGGGCGAGAAGGGGGCAAGCAAGACUAAUGGCGAGGCUAGUGGUUAUGGCAUUGGUGGCGCUGGCCGUUCUCGUCGGCGCCGCCUCGCGCGCGGCGGCGUCGGCUCCGGCGGCGCGGUGCGCGCGGGAAGAGCGGCGGCCGCGGCCGCACAGCGUGACGAUCUCGGAGUUCGGGGCCGUCGGCGACGGCGUGACGGUGAACACGCUGCCCUUCCAGAACGCCAUCUUCUACCUCCGGUCCUUCGCCGACAAGGGCGGCGCGCAGCUGUACGUGCCCAGGGGGAGGUGGCUCACCGGCAGCUUCAACCUCACCAGCCACCUCACGCUCUUCCUGGAGAAGGACGCGGUCAUCAUCGGCGCCAAGGAGGUAUCAGAAUGGCCAGUUGUGGAACCGUUGCCAUCUUAUGGCCAAGGAAUCGAUCUUCCAGGUGCAAGGUAUCGCAGUUUAAUAAAUGGACACAAUGUGACUGAUGUUGUAAUUACAGGGAACAAUGGAAUCAUAGAUGGCCAGGGUUUGACAUGGUGGAACUGGUUUCGCUCAAAUAAGUUGAACUAUAGCCGCCCUCAUCUUGUGGAGUUUGUGGAUUCGGAAGAUAUUGUGAUUUCAAACUUGACAUUACUGAAUUCCCCUGCAUGGGGUAUACAUCCAGUGUUUUGUAGCAACGUAUUGGUCCACAAUGUCACAAUUCAAAGCUCAUUGGAUGCUCCACUUACCGAUGGAAUUGUUCCAGAUUCAUGCUCUAAUAUGUGCAUUGAAGAUAGCAGCAUUAGUGUUGCCCAUGAUGCUAUCUCGCUAAAAAGUGGGUGGGAUAACUAUGGCAUUACCUUUGGAAGGCCAACAUCAGACAUUCACAUUAGCAGAGUAGAUCUCCAGGCCUCAUUGGGAGCUGCUCUUGCAUUUGGGAGUGAGAUGUCCGGUGGUAUUUCAGAUAUUUAUGUUGGUCAUCUUAAUAUCCAUGGUUCCUCCAAAGGUAUCCUCUUCAAGACUGCACCAGGCCGUGGAGGUUAUAUUAGAGAUGUUGUAAUAUCGGAUGUCCAAAUGGAAGAUGUUCAUGUUGCCAUUAAGUUCACUGGUGAUUGGUCGACACAUCCGGAUAGCCCUUUUGAUCCUUCCGCACUCCCGAUGAUCAAUCGAAUCACACUGAAGAACAUGGUUGGAACAAACAUCUCAGUUGCAGGAGUUUUGUCGGGAAUAAAUGAUGACCCAUUCACCAAUAUCUGCCUCUCCAACAUCAGUUUCUCCAUAGCUAAUUCAACACAAUCCAACUGCUGGUCUUGCUCCAACAUUUCUGGAUACUCUGAGUUGGUCUUUCCAGAGCCUUGCCCAGACCUCCACCAUGCCUCUUCCAAUUCUUCCAUCUGCUUCUCCCUUCUUAGUUACCAUGCCCUUGCGGCAGCAUAAGUGCAUAAAAAGUGUCCAUCCUUUGCUGUUCCACUCCUUGUACGAUCCAGAGAUAUCCAGAUUUUCCAAUCCUUGUACAAUCCAGAGAUAUCCAGAUUUUGUCACCAUCUUCCUUCCAAAUUCUUUCCAAAUAGGUGCAUCAAAGAAUCGCCACUCUAGCACUGUCAGAUUUGAUGCUCAUGAAACGAUUUAUGUUGCUUGUUCAAUGAAGAAGCCCAGAGGGGUCUGCACAGUGAAGUGUUCGCUUGUACAGUUGAAAUUUGUUCAUUCAAUCUGUAAGAAAACAGUUUUUUUGGUAGGGGAGUAAGUCUAGAUUCUCUUCAUACUAUUGUCAAUUUUGGUCAUAAAAUAAACAAUAUUAUGAUUGAACCACCCUGUAUAUCCAAUCAUCCUGUGAGCAUCCAAUAAAACAGCAUAUCACAUGUCAUCCUGGAAUUCACAGCCUGGCCUCUUCUGUAGGCCAGGGUGUUCCUUGGUGUCAAUAAAUUGGUGUCAAUGGAGUUGUUAGAUUGAUGUUGAUAUCUCCCUUUGUCUCCUCUCCUGGGAUGUUAAUAGCUUCCCUUUGUCGUCAUGCAGUAAGCCAGUGUUAGCUAACUCAUUCUGGGUUGCCAUUUGUGCAAGCUUCAGCUGCAUCUGCUCUGUUAUGACCAAGCACAAUAUGAUAAAUAAGCUGGUAUUGAGGAUUAACUGGUGAUUGGUGAAGGUAUCAUUUCUUGAAUUGUGCACAUCUAACUUCAAUUGAGUACCAUGUGCAGCCUGAUGUGCUUGUCAAGAUUGUAAGGAAGGGGGAGUAAUUUCCUGAUGCCAUGUGAAUAAAAUUCAUGUUCUGCAGAAAAUUUAUCACUUACUGAAACCAUACUACUGUCUUCUGCAGGUCUGAGGUUAAGUUUCAGACUUCCAGUGUCUGGAGGCAGUCAAAGGAGGAUGUGGAAUGCCUGCUGGAUGGUAGAAUGCAGCUGCUACAAUCCAGUUACUGCCAACAAAAUGCUUCAGUUGAUUUACUGCUAAAGAUAAAAUGCUCCAUUUUUUCUCUCACACCAUUCCAAAAGAAAAGAAAAAAAAAUGCAUGGAUUGGAUCAAUGCAUUAAUUGCUUUGUGGGCCCUAAUCUCAUCGUAGCAUCUCAGAGCAACUUGAA